CAAGGAGGAAGGGGCUGGAGGAGGGUACGCGGGGGCGGGCCGCCCCACGGCUGAAGCACUGCACCAGACUCAGGCAGAGGGCCAGCCAUGUCCAGCCCAGGGCUCCUGCUCCUGCUCUUGCUGCUGUCAGCGUCACCACCACUGCGACCCUCCUCGCUGGCACCGCCGGAAACCCCAGAAGGCAAAGCCACCAUCACAGGCCUCAUCCUCUCCGCGCUGGAGAGAGCCGUUUCCUUCCUGGAGAAGAGGCUGCCUGAAAUCAACCUGGAUGGCGUGGUGGGGUUCCGGGUGCUGGAAGUGCAGCUAAAAGGUGUUCAGGAAAAAUGGGCUCGGGACCCCCAGCUGCAGCCGCUGAGCCUGAGUGUGGGGAAGCUGGUGGAAAAACUAGCACCUCUCCUUCACAGAUCCAUUUUCUACCUCGAGCUGAGUGACCCUAAGUACCUAAGAGAGUUCCAAUCAACCAUCCAGCCUGGGUUUUGGAAGCUUCCGCGUGCCUGGACCUGCACAGAUGCCUCCAUGGUCUACCCCACGUUUGAGACUCAGGACUCCUUCUCAGAGGAAAGCAGUGACUCGUGUCUGGUGCAGCUGCUGGGAACAGGGACCGACGGUGGCCAGCCCUGCAGGCUCUCAGACUUCUGCAGGACCCUCAUGACCAAGCCCGGCUGCUCAGGCUAUUGCCUGUCUCACCAGCUGCUCUUUUUCCUCUCAGCCAGAUUGAAGGGAUGCACGGAGGGGCUGUUCCGCCACAGCCAGCACUACAUGAACCUCUUUUGUGCCAACAUGAUGGACCUGAACCAGAGAGCUGAGGCUAUCGGAUAUGCGUACCCAACCCGGGACAUCUUCAUGGAGAACAUCAUGUUCUGUGGAAUCAGUGGCUUCUCAGACUUCUACAAGCUCUGGUGGCUGGAGGCCAUUCUCAACUGGCAGAAGCCAGAGGAAGGAUGCUUCGGGAGGCCUGCUGCUGAAGAUGAAGAAUUAUUGACAGCCAUUCAACACCAACAGCACGUUUUAAGAAGAGUGAAGAGGCGAGAAAAACAAUUUACAGAUGGCUGCUCCUCCCACAACACAGCCAUGGCUGUCGCAGCCCUGGGUGGCUUCCUCUACGUCCUGGCAGAAUACCCCCAGCAAAUGGAGAGCUGUGGCAGUCCACACUGGCACGACCCAGCGGCCACUGAGACAAAUGGUUCCACUCCUGCCACUGGAAGAUAAGACAGAUGCCUUUAGUCCUUCCUCCCUUAAAUCCUGGGUGCCUGGGUCAUACCUUGACCUGGAGGUAGCUGAAGACGCAGACUAGCCGAGCAACCCAGCUUCUCCGCACCGAGCAGGGCCAGGGAAGGUGAGGCUGGGAUGGAUCCAGGCGUAGAAGCAGAGAAAUAAAUUCAGAGUGCCGUCGAGUGGGGAGUCGAGUGUUGUUUCUCAGCCGUGUGGACAGCUUCUGUUUCAACACAAAUUCCAAGGAGACCCAUAAACUUGAGUCUUAAAGGCAAUUUAUGUAGAUGUCAACUGUUGUGUCUUUCCCAGUGGGAGAAAUGAGGGUCUCCGAACCUGAUGGUUGGAGUCAUGACCAAACUUGAGGUCCGACCACGAAAAGCAACACAUAAACUCUUUGUACCCAUGCAAGGAACUCUACGCUAUCAUGUCACAGCCUGUCACAGCCUUGUCAUUUUACAGAAGGCAGUGUGACAUAAUGGUUAAAGAUGAGGUUCUGUGUCCAGGCUGCCUUGAGUCCACAUCCCAGCUGCCCCACCAAGUAGCUCCGUGUCCUUGGGCGAAGUCAUUUAGCAGCUCUGUGACUCUGUUUCCUCAUCAGGACAGUUGGGAUCAUUACAGCACCUACCUCCGGAUUACUUGCAGUGCUGUGAGAAUCAUGUUCUUAGUGUCCUAAGAACAAUUCCUGUAACAUAAUAAGUGACAGGGGAGUGUUCCCUGCUUGUACUUCUUCCCUCGUGUUCUGCUUCAUUGUGAGUAUAUCUAAACAUGUCAGCUAGAAUUCCUUUUUGUUUUCAAUUAAUUUAUUUAUUUUGUUGAAGUACAGCUGCCAUACAAUCUGCUGAAGCUCUAACACUCAUCUAGUAUUCAAGGAAAGGCCUUUGGAACAUUACCACGGGUCCAGGUGGUGCUGUCUAUGCUGCAGAUUUCAGGCUACGUGCAGACGCAUGUCAAAAUGAGACUCUGGGGUAGAAAAAUCAGCUAAAAACCCUGUCCUUGGGCUGAAGUGUCUUUAAGUCCAUCAUCUUG